GGAGGGAAACCAACACUGAAUGAUCCAGGAUUCAUUCCUAGCUACCCUUCAACGCUUCCAGGUGGCCUCCAUCCCAAACUGAUUGUCCCUAUCAAAAAAUUCACACUCUCUUUGGUGAAAGACGUGUUCUCGAUGAUAGAACAGCCAGAGGUAGAAGUAGCGACAUCAAGUAGCUUUAAACAUAUUUUUACGUUUGUACGUAGAAGCAAAGAUGGAUUAGGUCACUGCCAAGGAAGUGAAGCCGGAGUUAACUGCGAAUUAAAAGGAAACACAAUAACCCGGAUGGAUCUAUCAGGUUGCUUUAUUUCAGACGAUGAAAAGGCUCAGUUU